AUGGAAGGCAGAUUCUCAGAAAGAUCCGAUGUCUACAGCUUGGGAGUCCUUAUGUUAGAGAUAGUAAAAGGGGAAAAGAACUCACACUAUUACAAUCAUGAAUGGUCUUUGAGCCUCAUAGGAUGCGCAUGGAAAUUGUGGAGUGAAAAUAAUGGGUUGGGUUUUGCUGAUGAAAGCAUAGCAAGUGGAGAGAUGGAAGAAGAUAUAGUAAGAUGCAUUCACAUUGGGUUACUGUGUGUCCAAGAUUCUCCCAAAGAUAGGCCUAUUGUUCAAACAGUUGUGUCGAUGCUCAGCCGAGAAAUUGCUCAUUCCAGCUCCCAAGCAGCCAACCUUGGCGGAGAAGUGGCAUGGCUCGGCAACCGGUUCAAUAGAACCGGGAAGCCGAGUCGAAUACUCCAUGAAUCAGGUCACUCUCACUGUGCUUGA